CAGAGGAAGAAGUGAAGAGAGCAAGGAAGCAGGAGCAGCAGCAGGAGCAGCGGUAGCAGCAGGAGCAACAGACAGUAGCAGCUAACGGGAGCCUUCGCUAACGGUGAAGCACGUACCUCGGAUCCUCCAAAAAUGAAUAUGCUACACAGCUUUAGCAGCGGCGGCGCCUCCAAUGCCAACAGCGAUGCCACCAGCGAAAUUGAACUGAAGGAGCGCCUGAUUGCGAGCGUCAAGAAGGAGGUGAAGCAGCUGAUGGAGGAGGCGGUCACCAAGAAGUACGUGCACGAGGAGAGCAGCUCGGUGACGUCGCUCUGCGCCGCUGUGGAGACCUGCCUCAGUCACGGCCUGAGACGUCGGGCGCUCGGCCUGUUCAAGACGUCGUCGACGACGGCGCUGAUACAAAAGAUAGCCAAGAUAUGCCCAGAGGCGGACUAUGUCAGCCGUCGGCUGCUGGAGCUGGAGCUGGCCCACGAGAGCCAUGCGGUCAGCGGCAAGCGUUCGUCCUCCAGCAGCGACAGCAUCAUCAAGCCGAAGCUGCUCAACAAGGGCAGCUGCAGCAGCAGCUCGGUGACCACCAUCAAUACGGUGGUCACCUCGGUGGGCGCCAACGGUGCUGCCGCACCGCUGGGCAAAUACCUGUGGAUACGGCUGGCCCUCUACGAGAAGCGUCUGGCCAAGAUCAUUGAGCAUUUGGUGAACAACGCUCAGAGCUAUUACGAUCGCGAGGCGCUGGUCGCCGAUCCCGAUUACGGCUCCAUACUCAGCUCCCUGCUGGUGGGUCCCUGUGCCCUGGAGUUCACGCGCGCCAAGACUGCCGACCACUACUGGUCCGAUCCCUGCGCCGACGAGCUGGUGCAGCGUCAUCGCAUCAGCUCGGGCAACCGGACGCCGCCCACCUGCCACCGGCCCAUCAUCAACUUCAAGCGCAGCCUGCACACCAGCUCGGAGGACACGAGCAGCGGCAGCUUCAAGGCCUGCUCGCCGGCGAGCGUGGCCAAGGACUAUGUGGAGUCGCUGCAUCAGAACUCGCGCACCACCCUGCUCUACGGCAAGAACAAUGUGCUGGUGCUGCCCAAGGAUGUGGCCGAGCCGAUGCCCGGCUACCUCAGUCUGCACCAGAGCGUCCAGUCGCUGACCAUCAAAUGGACGCCGAAUCAGCUGAUGAACGGCUACAACGAUCCCGAUGUGAGCGACACGAGCUACUAUUGGAGCUAUGCGCUCAACAUCAACGUGGAUGAGAUCGUCUAUGUGCAUUGCCAUCAGAAUCGGGGCGGCGACACCGGCGGCACCAUCAUACUCGUUGGCCAGGACGGCGUGCAGCGGCCGCCCAUACACUUCCCGGAGGGCGGGCACCUGCAGGCGUUCCUCAGCUGCCUGGAGACGGGUCUGCUGCCGCACGGGCAGCUCGAUCCGCCGCUCUGGUCGCAACGCGGCAUCGGCAAGCUCUUCCCCUGGCCCAAGAGUGUGCGCAGGCACAUCCUGCCCUCGGUCAUGGAGUCCUCCAUGGACGAGACGCCCAUCGACUAUGUGUUUCGUGUGGUCAGCAAGAGUCAGCACGAGGAGUUCCUGGCCACACAUCCCAUACUGGAGGUGGGCCGUUCCAGUCCGCGGCGCAAGCAUUUGGGCAGCUGCUCGACCACCGGCAGCAGCGACUGCUCCAGCAAGAGCCUCUCGAUUGACCAGAGCAGCAAUCCGGAUCCGCCAUUGAUACAGGCCAGCCAAACGGCCAGCAUUGAGCUGGUCUGCUCCACGAUGCGUCGCCAGAUCAUCUCGCGCGCCUUCUACGGCU